UUUUACUCUCUUUUUCUACACCAUCCCCUACGCUCCCGCAAACUAUCUCAUUACUCCACAGUCAUUACACAAAUAAUCCGAAUAUCCGAUCCCAUCUGUUCUGGAAGGAACUCGCCGUUUGAAAACCGGCCAAACAAAGCUUCUUGUUCGAGACAAGAGCCUAUAACUUCGAUCAUUAGUAUCCUCAUUCUUUCAGGCAACGCCCGGUUCCAGUCUUAAGAAACAUAAUCACCACACACAAUGACCAGUUCUUCACGACCUGCCACCAGCAUUGCCCGCCUUCCUCCUGAGAUUCAACUGCAAAUCAUUCAUAUGCUCAAGCAAAUAAGUUCAAUCCCGGAGCUCAUCAAUUUGCUCUGCACUUGCCGAUUUAUCUUGGCCGAGUGCGAAUCGGGGUUAUAUGAAAGGGUGGAACUGUCCUCUUCUGCAGCGGCCUCGUUUUUCAAGGGGUUUGACUUGGAAGAAAACAAAGAAAGGUGCUUUUUCGUCCGCAGCAUCGAAGAUCAAGACCAAAGCAACCAUACUACCGUUUCUCAACCGAGAAAGACUAUGCUGCAAAAACUCGAGCUGUUCGGUAACGUCAAAGCAAUGCGAUUCGAUGAUGCAGAAUCGAUUAUAGCAACUUCUGAAGCCGUCAUGGAGCUAAAACGCUAUCAAAAAAGCAUAUCUACAUCAGAGAUAGCAACACAAGAUCCAUGUGGACCAUACAACAUUCUUUUCCCACAACUACGGCGAAUUAGUUUUGGGCCUUCAUCUCUCCCCAAAGUCUGUCGGGAUGGACUUUCCUGGGGUGCGAUACUAGAUACUCUUGGCAGUGCAUGGCCAGAUAACCCUUCAUUGUGUUUCCAUCUAUCACCAAACUCUCUCGAUACCUACGGCAGAAUAGCAGGAUACCUUGAAACAAGAGUGAAAUCGCUCGUACUCCAUCAAGGGUACCCUAGCGAUCUCAUCCUACUGGAUAAACCAUCUGGUAUCCAUGCGGAACAGGUGACCAUGUAUCUUAAGCCUCAUCAGAUAAAAGGUACAUAUACAUGUUGGGAGGAUCACCAUUGGUCCAUCGUGAACUUCUGCAAAAAGUAUUUUGGAGAAAGACGGGCAAGGCACUUUGUCGAUCCUAAUUCUGUUCAUUCCCCCAUAUUCACAUUUGUCAAUAUAUCUGGCAACCUUGACGAUAUUCGCGAAGACAUCGGCCGUCAGUUGCGAGAGAUGGAAUUGGAGGACGGGCUGGUAGAGGCGGUCCAGAAUAAGAUGAGAUUAGUAGGUGUUGGAGAUGUACGGGAAGGUGGGUGCGAGGUGUGUGGGACGUGGGAUACAUGAAGAGACAUAUACAUAGAGCAUGCA